UUGCCUUAUCAUUCCCUCCAUCCACGUUUAUGCGCCGUCCACACCAUUCGCUGACGCAGCCGCCCCCCGCCCCCAACUCCCAUUCCUCCCAGUAUCUCUGUCCGCAACCCCCCAGGCCGUUCCCUCCCUGCCGCCGCUUUCUCUCCCGGGCGCGUCCCCGGCGAGCCGAGCCCCCUCCCCAGCCCGCGACUGCGCCCUGGGCCCCGAGCGCCCCGCCCAACCCGAGAACGUGCGCUGAGGCGGCCCCACAGGGCGCAGGCCCCGACCCUCAGCGUCCACCGCCUGCUGCCCGCAUCCGCCUGUGCGGCGUCCGAGCCCUUCAGCGGCGACAGGCGGAGCUGGAGCCCCGGGCCUGGGCGCCAGGUGGGCUCCUGGGAGGGUGAUGAAGCAGGCCCUGGUGGACGAUACCGAGGAUGUGUCCCUGGACUUUGGAAAUGAGGAGGAGCUGGCCUUUAGGAAAGCCAAGAUCAGACACCCCUUGGCCACCUUUUUCCACCUGUUUUUCCGAGUGAGUGCCAUCGUCACCUACGUGUGCUGCGACUGGUUCAGCAAGAGCUUUGUGGGCUGUUUUGUCACGGUGCUGUUCCUCCUGUCCCUGGACUUCUGGUCUGUGAAGAAUGUAACCGGAAGACUCCUGGUGGGCCUUCGAUGGUGGAACCAGAUAGAUGAAGAUGGGAAGAGCCACUGGAUCUUUGAAGCCAGGAAGGUGUCUCCAAAUAGCAUUGCUGCCACAGAAGCUGAAGCACGAAUCUUCUGGCUGGGCCUCAUAAUCUGCCCCAUAAUAUGGAUUGUGUUUUUUUUUAGCACCUUAUUUUCCUUGAAGCUAAAGUGGCUGGCUCUGGUGGUUGCUGGGAUCUCUCUCCAAGCUGCAAACCUGUAUGGCUACAUCCUUUGUAAGAUGGGAGGCAACAGUGACAUUAGCAAGGUCACAGCCAGUUUCCUGUCCCAGACAGUGUUCCAGACGUAGAGACGGGGUUUCACCGUGGUCUCGAUCUCCUGACUUCGUGAUCCGCCCGCCUCGGCCUCCCAAAGUGCUGGGAUUACAAGCGUGAGCCACCUCUCCCGGCCGACUUUCAUUUUCAAUAAAUCCCUUCAUUCCUUCCUUUCUUUGUGCGUUUUGUCCAAUUUUUUGUUCCAGACACCAAAAACCUGGACACCCUCUGCCGUUAACACUGGGACCACGAGACCAUGUGGAACUCGCUAGGGAGGCCCCUGAGUGCACAUUCGCUGGGCCAGACCUGGGAGGUUGGGGAUCCCAGAAUAGUCAUGCUGGGGCUACUUUCUGUCCCUGACUUUCACCCAGGUCUCCCUUCCCCAGAGGGCUCCCCAGCCCCCACACACAAACAUGCUCUAGCGUUUUCCCAUCCUAACUGCAUUUCCCCCUGGGCUACCACCUCUCCAAGAACGGGCAGCAUUAUCAGAACAGCUGGUGUGAGCACAGCCCUGUUCCAAGAGAUCCCAGGCAUCCUCUCGCCCCACCCUGGCAGAUCCCUCUCACUAGACACCACUGUCACCUGCAUUUUACACACAGGGCCAUCGAGGCUGACAGAGGGUAAAUGACUAGCCCAAGUCCCACAGCUAGUGGUGGCGGAGCAGGGCUCUGAGGCCAGCCCUUCCUGUGAUCCUCAGCACACGGGGGCCAGGACCCACAGCACCAGAGCGCUGGCAUCUGUAACUCUUUGCCACCAUGUCCCCAGAGGAGACUGAACUGCUGUCCUCAUGCCUUCCUGUCUGUUCCUAGGAAGGUGGGUUUGCCUCCACUGUGUCCCCAGUGACCUUGCCAGAUGCGUGUCUGUCACUUGGCCCUCACGCUCCACCCUCUUGGGUGUGUGACAGUGUUAACCACCCCUUCCUUUCUGGCACUCCCUGGCCUUGCUAUCUGUGGUUUCCCCUCAAGGUGAGAUUCUGCAAUGUGCCAUUUGACACACAGGACCAUGCCCACUAGAAGGCACUUAAUGUUUUCAGCUCAGAAUGAGCCCCGCAGCUGUCACUGGCGGCUCCUCUGCUUUGAAAUUAGCUCUUGUGAACCACCUGGAAUUUUGUUUCUUUGUGAAAAGUGGCCCUGAAAGGAAAGACCAGGGCCAAUGCCAGGGCUUGGUGUGAGGGAGGUGGGAAGAUGGCGGUUGGUGGCUCUUUGGAAGAAAAGCCACAUCAGGAUCUAACAGCCCCAAGGUCACUUCCGGAUCUGUCAGACAAUGGCAAGGGCAGGCCUGUGGCUGGACCCAUGGACAUAUUUGGGUGGGUCAGCAAGCAUGCCAUUUUUUUUUUUUUUUUUUUGGAGACAGGGUCUUGCUGUGUUGCCCAGGCUGGAGUGCAGCGGUGCGAUCAUGGCUCACUGAAACCUCAACCUCCCUGGGCUCAAGUGAUCCUGCUAACUCAGCCUCCUGAGUAGCUGGGACCACAGGCACAUGCCACCACACUGGGUGAAUGGUUCUUCUUUUUUUUUCUUUUUUUUUUUUUUUUUAGAGACGAGGUAUCUUCCUGUGUUGCCCAGGCUAGAGCAUGGUGUGUGUGUGUGUGUGUGUGUGUGUGUGUGUGUGUGUGUAUUUAAUGGAGUUAAUUGCUAUCAUUUAGUAAUCCGGAGACUUUGGGUAAGGAUAUAGAUUUCUAGCUCUUCAUUAAACCUUGGAAAAUGUGGCAAUUGUGAUGGCCAUAAGGACACAUCUCUUGGAUCUCUGACAGCAGCUGCCAUGCUCCAAAAUCCAUCACCACGUUUGUGUUGAGGCAAUGCCGCCCCCAGGCUGCUCCCAGCUAGUGACUGAGACGAGCAUGGCACUCGGGCAGGCACGCUUCUGGGAGAUGCAGCCCCUCUGAUGGGUAAGUGGGCUCAGGAAUGCCCUGGUGGCUGUGCCCAGCUUUCCUCAACAGCAGCCAAGACACUCCAGCAGACUGAGAUGCUCCAACAGACAAAUAUUCCAGCAGACUGAGAUGCUGAAAAGUAAAGUACACUUAGGUGCUCCAACAGGCUGAGAUGCUCCAGUGGGCUGAGAUGCUCCAGUGGGCUGGGAUGCUCCAGUGGGCUGGGAUGCUCCUUCGGGCUGGGAUGCUCCAGUGGGCUGAGAUGCUCCAGUGGGCUGGGAUGCUCCAGUGGGCUGAGAUGCUCCAGUGGGCUGGGAUGCUCCUUCGGGCUGGGAUGCUCCAGUGGGCUGAGAUGCUCCAGUGGGCUGGGAUGCUCCAGUGGGCUGAGAUGCUCCAGUGGGCUGGGAUGCUCCAGUGGGCUGGGAUGCUCCCAUGGGCUGAGAUACUCCUGUGGGCCGGGAUGCUCUUUCGGGCUGAUAGGUUCCUUCCCCCGCUCCUUCAUCGUGGGCUAACGCUCUCCCUUGUCAUUUUCUCCCACAGAUGUUUCCCCUGACAAAUGUCCUGCCCACCAAUCCCAUCUCGGCAGAGCUGAACUGCGGCAGAGGUGCAGGCUGGCAGGAAUGGAUGUGCCCUGGGCUGCUGCAAGCUCCUGUCCCCAAUCACAUCCAUUCAUGCAGCCCAACUGCCUCCAGGGGCCUCAGAGGGCAGCUCUCAUCACCACUUCUGGCCACUGCAAAAGCUGCCUGGUGAGUGUUUUAUAAUGCUGGGGCAGGUUGAGAAAGCGGCUGUACUUUUCUGCAUGUUGCUGGGGAAACCACAUGGCAGAGAAGUAUUGUGGGACGUGGGAAUAAGGGAAAAAGCAUUUGGGGACACAGCCUCCUGGGCACAUGGGGUCUCUGGCGUUCUCCCGGGCUGUUCCCAUCUUCAGAGUGGCCCUUGCACGCCACCCCCUACCACUUCCUCCAGGCAGCCGUUGCCCAACACUGUCCUCCUGGCUCCCGCUUUCUGCACGGCCCCUUGGCAAUCCUGUCUACGUCCUGUGGCUUCAAAACUCGACUGCACGGACAUGAACCACAUUCUCCUGACGAACCCCAGAACCUGCUGACAACCUGAGCCCCCGAGCCCCUUAGCCACAGCACCCCAGAGGGCCCGGCCUCCCUCUACCACCCCUGCUUCACUGUCUCUGAGGGACGGACCCUCCUCCAGGUGACUUGUACUGGCAGCAGGGACAACCUCGACCCUCAGAUGCCGUCACUUUC